AUGACGAUCAUGAUCGUCUCUCUUUCAUUCUCGAUCCGUGUCAAUGCCGCCGAUCCAGAUCCACUGCAAGACUUUUGCGUCGCUGACCUCUCCAAGGAUCUCACCAUCAAUGGCUUCCCUUGCAAAAAAGCCUCCAACACCACCACCGAGGACUUCAUCUUUGGCGCCCUCAAGCGUUCAGCCAAAACGAACACUCCACUCGGCGCUGCAGCGGUGUUUGGAUCCGUCAACGAGUACCCGGCUCUCAACUCGCUCGGCCUCUCCAUCGCGAGGCUCGACUUCGCGAAAGGCGGCUUGAUUGCUCCUCACACCCAUCCCCGCGCGUCCGAGAUGAUCUACGUCGUGAAGGGGAGCAUGUACGCCGGGUUUGUCACCACGGACAACAAGCUCUUCGCUCGGGUCAUCUCCAAAGGCGACGUGAUGAUCUUCCCCCGGGGUUUGAUCCACUGGCAGCUCAACGUUGGAAACACCAGCGCAGUGGGGAUCGUUACGCUCAACUCGCAGUUCCCUGGCUUUCAGCUGAUCGCCAACUCCAUGUUUGGAUCCAAAAUCCUGGACGAGGUGUUGAUGAAGACCUUCUUUCUCAACAAGAAGGCCAUACAGCAGCUCAAGUCAAUCUUCACUCCCUCUGGCUAG